GCGGCGGGCGGCGGGGAGGGGCCGGGCGGCAGGCGCAAAAGCCGGCGGAGGUCAUGUUUGUGUUUGGGGUUGUCAAGUGAAGGAGGGAUCCCAGGCGCCGCAGCCGCCGCAGCCGCAGCCGCCGCCGGCGCGCGGGGGUCGCGGAGAUUGUGAGCUGCGGGGCUGCCGCCAUCAGCGGGCGCAGCUCCGUCCGAGGGCCGGCUGGCAGCGGCGGGCGCUCGGCCGGGCGUCCUGGCAGCAGUACCUGGAUUAACUGACACAGUACAGAGUGUAUGGAGCCAACCUUUGUGAACUGCCCGGCCUAGUAUUUGCACCUGGAAAGGAGCCAUUGAAUCAAAGAAGAUGCCCCGAACGAAACAAAUUCACCCCAGAAACCUAAGAGACAAAAUUGAAGAAGCACAAAAAGAACUCAAUGGGGCAGAAGUUUCAAAAAAAGAAAUCCUAGAGGCUGGUAUUAAAGGAACUUCAGAAUCCCUUAAAGGUGUGAAACGCAAGAAGAUUGUAGCUGAGAAUCACCUGAAAAAAAUACCAAAAUCCCCACUGAGAAAUCCUCUUCAGGCAAAACAUAAACAAAAUACCGAGGAGGCAUCUUUCACCCUUCUCCAGAGCGCUCCCGAGUCACACAAGAAGCAGAGUCACCUUUCUGGAAAGAGCGGCAAGCAGUGCAUCAAACAAAACGGAGAAGCCCCCGGGGUGCCGGCCGAGGCCGCGAGGUCCAACGCCUCCGUCUCCCCGAAGAAGCCCCUGCCUGUCCAGCAUCCAGCAGAAUUGCGCAGGUGGAAGUCUGAAGGUUCCAACCCGGCCAGGUUGGGUGUCCCUGAUGGAAAGGGGCACUCAAGUGCAGCCAGGACUGACAGCAGUGAAUGCCUCGCCCCUCGCUGUAGAACGCCCUCCCCUCCAUAUACCACGACCGCGUUUGAUGUUUUACUGAAAGCAAUGGAGCCGGAACUCAGCACCCUGUCACAAAAGGGCUCAUCUUGUGCAAUGAAGGCAGAAAAAGUAAAGCCAAAUAAAACUGCACGAUCUCCUUCCAGAUUAAAAAACAGUUCACUGGAUGCCCCCAGUCGGACUUCACAAGACUUGCUGGCUGAAUCCCAGCCUUCCCCUGGUACCUCAUAUGCAGCACAUGUGUCGGCUGCCCAGCAGAAGGAACAGGUGGCAGUUCAGUCGGUGUCUCGCUCCUACAGUCCACACGAACACUUUGUAACCAAGUCCAGCCAACAUUACCAACAGCAUCCUGCAUGUCUAAAUUUUACCGCAACCCGAACAACCCUGCAAAAUCAAGAGAACGCCAAAUUAGAGCAGGUUUAUAACACCGCAGUGACGUCAUCUGUAGGUCUCCCUUCUCCUUCCAGCAGAACUCAGGUCACUCUUCAGAACCAGCACCUGGAGUCCUCUUUGCCUUUGUCAGCGAGCCCAGCCGCUGCCACCCAGUCUCCCCCCAUGCCAGUUUAUAACUCCGUUGUUAAUCAAAGUGUAGAGCAAAUGUGCAAUCUUCUGAAAGAUCCGAAGCCAAAAAAGCAAGGAAAAUACAUCUGUGAGUACUGCAGCAGAGCGUGUGCAAAGCCCAGCGUGCUUCUAAAGCACAUCCGCUCGCACACGGGAGAGCGGCCCUAUCCCUGUGUGACCUGCGGAUUCUCCUUCAAGACUAAAAGCAAUCUGUACAAGCACAAAAAGUCCCACGCCCACACCAUCAAACUGGGUCUGGUCUUGCAGCCAGAUGCAGGCGGCUUGUUCCUGGCCCAGGAGUCCCCCAGAGCACUUAGUAUCCACUCAGACGUGGAGGACAGUGGAGAGAGCGAGGAGGAGGCUGCCACGGAGGAACGACAGCACGAGCCCAGUGCCAUGGAGCUGCAGCCAGUGCAGACCGUGAAGAGGGUGUCAAGUUCUGAGGCUUUGCCGAUGUCAAGUUCCAUCCCAAGCCGUGCAGACCAUGCAGCAAAUGACUUCUCACCGCAGGACAGAUCUUCAGAGUCCCAGGCCAUGACAGAGUUACCCAAAGUUGUGGUCCACCCCAUCACCAUGUCCCCUGCAAGAACUGACCCCCCAAAGGUUGUCCCCCUCAAGCCGGAACCUGGCAGCAGUGCCCAGAAACAGAAGGACCUCCAGGCGCCACACUCAAGCCCCUUUGAGAAGGAUGAGAAGGCCGGCCGGAAAGGGGACGCAGGCCAGCCAGAAGGCAGACAGGACUCUCCCGUGGGAACUGCCCACGCCCAGCUCCAGAGGCAGCAGGCGACUGACUGCUCCCAGGAACAGCAGGGGAAGCUGCUGCUGAGUCCCCGCAGCUUGGGGAGCACCGAUUCUGGCUACUUCUCACGUUCCGAGAGUGCUGACCAGACAGUGAGCCCACCAACCCCCUUUGCCAGAACGUUCCCCACCCUGGAGCAAGACUCCACCAAAACUGCUGGGCCGCCUGGGUCCUGCAGUAGUGCACCGGCCCCCUCUGCUUUACUGCCGGGCGAGAGAGCGCAGCUUUUGCCAGGACAGAUGCGCCCACCAUUGGCAACCAAAACCCUGGAGGAGCGGAUCUCCAAGCUGAUCUCGGACAACGAAGCCCUGGUCGACAAUAAGCAGCUGGACAGUGUCAAGCCCCGAAGAACGUCUCUUUCACGCCGGGGCAGCAUCGACUCGCCGAAGUCGUACAUAUUCAAGGACUCCUUCCAGUUUGACUUAAAGCCGAUGGGCCGGAGGACGAGCUCCAGCUCAGAUAUCCCCAAGUCCCCGUUCACCCCGACGGAGAAGUCCAAACAGGUGUUUCUUCUGUCGGUCCCUUCCCUAGACUGCCUGCCUAUUACCAGAAGCAAUUCCAUGCCCACUACAGGUUACUCAGCAGUUCCUGCCAACAUCAUCCCUCCCCCUCAUCCUCUGAGAGGAAGCCAGUCAUUUGAUGACAAAAUUGGCGCACUCUAUGAUGACGUCUUUGUGUCAGGCCCCAACACCUUGGUGCCAGUUAGUGGGCAUCCCCGCACACUCGUCAGACAGGCAGCAGUAGAGGACUCGUCGGCAGGGGAUGGGCAGGCCCUUGGUCCCGGGCAGUCGCUGGAGGAGGGCUUCCAGGCUGCCAGCGAAGGUGGGGCAGCACCCAGAGGCAAGGCUCCCGCCGCAGGCUCCCAUUCCGAAAAGAAGAAGUCCCAUCAAGGGCGGGGGACGAUGUUUGAGUGUGAAACCUGCAGAAACAGGUACCGAAAGCUAGAGAAUUUUGAAAACCAUAAGAAAUUUUAUUGUUCAGAGUUACACGGACCCAAAACCAAGGUGGUCCUGAGGGAGCCGGAACAGAGCCCUGUGGCCAGCAGCACGCAGCCGCAGAUGCUGCACUACCGAGUGGCCGGUUCCACGGGCGUCUGGGAGCAGACGCCGCAGGUCAGGAAGAGGAGGAAGAUGAAGAGCGUCGGCGAUGACGACGAGCUCCAGCAGAACGACAGCGGGUCUGCGGGGCAGACCUGCGAGGGUCCUGUGUUUCCGAGCGUGCUGGGCUCCACGCCUGGCACAUCUCAGCACUGCACUGCCCUGGCUAGGGAGCAGCAGCACCGAAACACACACGCGCAGAGCCCCCAGAUCCAGCUGCUGUCGAGGGGCCCAGAGCAGUCCCCCGACGCCAAGCUGUCCAGCAGCACGGAGCAGCAGGGGGGCUCGACUGCAGCCGACAAAGGGGAGCUGGCCAGGGUCGGGAGUGGGAUCUCGGUGAUCCAGCACACCAACUCCCUAAGCAGGCCCGGCUCCUUUGACAAGCUCGAGCCCUUUGAGGGCAGUCCUGCGGUGUCCCUGCAGGAGCUGGACACUCGGAAGGUGUUGCCGAUCUCCCAAGAGGAAGGCCACCCUUCUCGCGAUCCGCUGCGUCCCCUGCAGCCUGCUCCUGCAGGCCCCGUUCAGGGAGAGCUUCAGGAGGGUCCCCGGAAGUUGUGCAGUGAGCGGCAUGUUCUGGGACAGCCCUCGAGACUGGUCCGGCAGCACAACAUCCAAGUGCCGGAGAUUCUGGUCACGGAAGAGCCAGAUCGUGACCUGGAAGCUCAGAGCCACGAUGCGGAGAAGUCGGACAAGUUCAGUUGGCCUCAGCGGAGCGAGACCCUGUCCAAGCUGCCCACCGAGAAGUUGCCUCCCAAGAAGAAGAGGCUGCGGCUGGCGGAGGUGGAGCAUUCCUCCACGGAGUCUAGUCUUGACUCCACGCUGUCCAGGAGCCUCAGCAGGGAGAGCAGUCUGUCGCACACGUCGAGCUUGUCGGCCUCUUUCGACAUAGAGGACAUAGCGAAAGCAGAGGCUCCCUCCAAAAUCGACUUUCUAAAUAAGGCCGAGUUUCUUGUCAUCCACUCGGGCUCCAAUACACUGAGUGUUCCUGGAGGGCACCGGGAAAUGAGGCGCGCAGCCUCAGAACAGAUCAGCUGCGUGCAGAUGUCCAUGGAGGUCUCUGAGUUCAGAAGCAAGUCAUUUGACUGUGGAAGCGUGACUCCUCCCCAGAUCGCAGCACUGGCCGAACCGCAGCCCUCCUCCUCCGCUUCCAGCGCCGCCGUCUCUGGGUACGUGCCUCUGCUGGAGAGAAGGCGAGGUCCGCUGAUCCGGCAGAUAUCUUUAAACAUGGCUCCCGACAGCCAGCUCCCUCCUGCAAACCCUGCCUCUUUCCAAAAUACUGCUCUGCCCGGUGUGAGUGCAGUGCCGCCUCAGGGCCCUGCCCUCCCCGAAACACCUUUCCCUGAAUCCCCUGCACUCACGUUGCACUCCCAAACGCAGGGCAGGGAUCUGCAGUCGGAAGUGCCCAAGUCCAGCUCCGCCAGCAUCCUUCCCAUCCAGCAGCUCUUUGGCAUCAGUGUGUUCAAUCACAUCAACGCCCCCCCAAGCCACCGGGGCACGCAGGUGUUCCUGCAAGCGUCGGCUCAGGGUGACAGAGCAGGUGCCAGUUCUGCUUCAGCUGAGUCUUUGAAAAGUGAGGACUGCUUUGCUCCCAAAUACCAACUGCAUUGUCAAGUUCUCACUCCCAACAAGCUUUCCUCUUCACAUCCUGUGCAUCCUUUGCCAAAUCAAGUCCUCUCAGAUCCAGUUGGAACAGACGGCAGCACAACUUCGGCGGUGUUCCCAACCAAGCUCGUGGAUCCUGUAUCCAGUGCAUCGUCCCCGUCGCUGUCGGAGUUGGGCCCGGCUAGCAGUCAGGCCUCGUCCUUUAUGCUGGCUGCCCCCCUUCACAGAAGUGUCCCUGCCUACUGUUUUACUGCCGUGACAUCUCUGCCACAAAUCCUAGUGACCCAGGAUUUGUCCAUUCAGCCGAUUUGUCAGGUUAAUCAUGGUGCAGUGCCAAUCGGCAAAGAGCUAACUGUCGUGCCAAAUUCACAAAGUGAUCAGAAUGCUUUGCCAAACUUGAAGAAGGAGCUUGUUUGUGAAAAUGUUUUCUCAGAGAUCAGCCAGAGUCCUGUUUUGGAAUCUUUGCCUGUAACCCAAAAGAUGUCUGUAGGUAGACUUUCUCCUCAGCAAGAAUCUUCAGUUUCCAGCAAAAGGAUGCUGUCCCCAGCCAACAGCCUGGACAUUGCCAUGGAGAAGCACCAGAAGCGGGCCAAAGAGGAAAAUGGAGCCGUCUGUGCCCCGGAGGUCGGGCUCUUGGCACCGCUGAGUGGCAGAGCUAGCGAAGUUAGCAAGCACAAGAAGCCCGUGCUGGUCAGGCAGGUUUGUACGACGGAGCCCCUGGAUGGAGCCAUGUCGGAACUGGGGGUCUUUCCUCCAACCGAAGGUGCCGGUGACUCUGGCCACUUGACAAGUGUUUCGUCAGCUGAUGAUUCCUCCUCUGGUUACUUGAAGCUGGUGAUUGCAGAACCUGUAAAUGAACGCUUAGAACCUGAGAACCCCCAAGUCUCUGCCUCGUCAGCUCCCACUGCUGCAAAGCUGCCUGUGCCUUCAGAAGGUACCCGCGUUUCUCCUCCCCAGUCUGCAGAUGGAGACCAGGAAAGAUUGCCAGGGACUAAACCCGAAGGUGGUCAGAGGAACAGCCAGGCUCCCAGGCAGCUACCAAGGGCCACUGCUCCUCCAUUGAGUGACGCUGGGGACGCGCAACCACUGGCUUUCCCCAGCCUGAAGACAGCCACCAGCUUUACAUGGUGUUACUUAUCAAGACGGAAGUCACUGCCCUUGCCCCAGCGAGACCAGAAGAUGUCAGCCUAUUCUGACUGGACCGUCAGCUCCAGUAACCCCAACCCUCUGGGUUUGCCGACAAAAGUUGCCCUGUCUCUUCUUAACUCGAAGCAGAAGACUGGAAAAUCGCUGUACUGUCAAGCAAUAACUACUCAUUCAAAGUCAGAUUUAUUGGUCUAUUCAAGCAAGUGGAAAAGCAACCUGAGCAAGAGAGCAUUAGGUAAUCAAAAGUCCACACUAGUUGAAUUCAGCAAUAAAGAUGCCUCUGAAAUUAACAGUGAGCAAGAUAAAGAAAAUUCCCUAAUCAAAAGUGAACCGAGAAGAAUUAAAAUAUUUGAUGGAGGAUAUAAGUCAAAUGAAGAGUACGUGUAUGUCCGAGGCAGGGGAAGAGGAAAGUACAUUUGUGAAGAAUGCGGGAUACGCUGUAAGAAGCCUAGCAUGCUGAAGAAGCACAUCCGGACGCACACGGACGUGCGCCCCUACCACUGCGCCUACUGCAACUUCUCCUUCAAGACGAAAGGAAAUCUGACCAAACACAUGAAGUCCAAGGCACACAGCAAGAAAUGUGUGGAUUUGGGUGUCUCAGUAGGUCUGCUAGAGGAACAAGACACGGAAGAGUCAGAUGAGAAACAGAGAUUCAGUUACGAGCGAUCUGGAUAUGACCUUGAGGAGUCUGAUGGCCCCGAUGAGGAAGACAACGAGAACGAGGAUGAUGACGAAGACAGCCAGGCCGAGUCAGUGCUGUCGGCCGCGCCGUCGGUUACUGCCAGCCCCCAGCAUCUGCCCUCCCGAGGUGGCCCACAGGACCUGGCGAGCGCCGACGAGGACAGCCGGACACCUGACUGCUCCCCCGGGGCACACGCUGACCCCAUGGACAUGCUGCCGAGGGCCCUGCUCACCAAGAUGACGGUCCUGAGCGCUGUGCAUUCCAGCUGCUCCACGAAGCCCGACUCGCUGGCCCUGGCCAAGCCACAGGCUGCCGAGAACCAAGGAGGAGCGACUCCUGGAGAUGCCUGCAGGUCACCCCGGGCUGCAUCCAGGUCCCCGUGUCACCAGAUGUCCGUGGACUACCCCGAGGCAGCAGAACUGCUGAGAGGGUCUGGGGCAGGAAAGGAGGACACGUCCUCUGUGGGACCACCGUGCCAUGCCCAGCACAACCCCCUACCAACAGCAGGGUCGCCCUCUGGGCCCUCCCCUCAUCCAGAACCCCAAGAACAGAAGCAGCAGACGGGCCCCCACCUGGCUGCGGGCCCAUCUUCGCCCCAGACGCAUCUGUUCAGCCACCUCCCGCUGCACUCCCAGCAGCAGGCAAGGACACCUUACAACAUGGUCCCCAUCGGGGGCAUCCACGUGGUGCCCGCCGGCCUCACCUACUCUACCUUCGUACCCCUUCAGGCGGGGCCUAUGCAGCUGACCAUUCCUGCCGUCAGCGUCAUCCACAGGACCACGGGCGCUCCUGGGGAUCCUGCCACCCAAGUGGCCGGCGCGGCCAACGCUGCUGGCGGCCUGGCGGAACUGAGCAGCGUGGUGCCGUGCUUCCCGGUCGGCCAAAUCCAGGUUCCUGGCCUGAGUCCCCCGGGCUUACAGCCACUGCCCUCACUGAGCAUGGAGACCCUCAACAUCGUGGGCCUGGCCGGCCCCCACAUGGGCCAGCAGGUGCAGCCGCCCGGCCUCGCCCUCAACGCCGUGGGCCUGCAGGUCCUGACCGCCAAGCCUUCCUCCCAGAGCAGCACCGCCCCGCCUGCCCCACUCCCCGGGCUCCAGAUCCUCAACAUCGCCUUGCCCGCUCUAAUCCCCUCGGCCAGUCAGGUCCCCGUGGACACCCAGGGGGCUCCCGAGGGGCUGGCCUCCCAGAACCACACGCGGGAUAUGCAGCCCAAGCAGACUUCUGUAGCCAACACAAACCAGGCCAGCAGGACCGAGUCUCCUCAGGGGUCCCCCAGAGUCCAGCGGGGACAGACAACCAAAAUCCCGGAUCCGCCCGGCCCCGCAGGUGCCCUCGCGAGGCCGGCUAGCUCGACAGACGCAGGGAAGGCUGCCUCCUCCGCCAAUCAUGUGAAGGCCGAGCCUGAGCCCCGGUGCGGGCGGGCCCUGCCUGCGUCCCCGUCCGCGUCCCUGUCCUCUGCAGAGCCAGUGCCCAAGCCGCCCUGUGUCCGGGCGCUCAGGGCCCCGGGGCCGCCCCGCAGGCAGCGCCCUGUGCCGCUGAGCGACCUGAGCAGCGACGACGACGAGGACCGGCUGGUGAUAGCGACCUAGUGGAUUCUUUUGUAUCAUUUCUUUUUUUCUAAUAACACUUAGAGGUUUCUUUGAAAACCCUCCUUUCCUUAAAGCACAUUUUUUCUGAUGUAAACUCAUGACUAAUCUUUGUGCAAUCAUGAACUUUUGACCAAUAAUUGUUGUUUUGUGUCAGCUCCAACUGUUUUUGUACAUGUUGUAUAGACAAUUGUGCCUUUUAGGAGUUUUAUGUUUAGAGACUGUACAGUUUGUUGAAUAUCUAUAUACAUAAAAAAUAUAUUCUAUAUGUCUAUGAAAGCCAGGUGGUUUGUGUUUAGUAAGAAAAACCAGUCCAACAAAUCAAAUGAUUAAAUUAUAUGUUGCGCUGUGAAGUGCGGAUUUUUAUGGCCAUGGGGCAGAGUUUCCGUGUGUAAAUUGGUGUGUAAACUCCAUAUUUAUUGUGUUCAUCUUAGUCCUGGAAAAUGUGUCUGUCCUUGGAGUGUGUAAGAAGGUGACUACUGCACCUCAGACAGAUUUUCUGUGCUAUGAAAUGUUUCAGUAAAGUAUUGUUCACUGACUUUA